AACAGUGAUGGAGUCUGUGGUGGUGGGGAAUGACUUCCUCCUACAGUACCGUAAUAUAUCAUCCAAGCUCAAGAAACGGUUUCUUCGAAAACCUAAUGUAGCAGAAGCAAGUGAAGAAUUUGGUCAGUUAGCCCGAGAGCUAAGUGAUGGGGAAGCAUGGGCACAAGCUGGUCUGUGUUGUGUGGCAGUAGCCAGGUGUGAACAGACUUUGGUCAACCCUACCACAGAAGUCUCAGCCAUAACCCAGGCAGCAAGAUACUUUCUCAAGGCAGAAGUCAUAAACAACCAUCUUCAUUGUCCAAGUUUCAAUGAACAUCUCAUGACUGCCAUUAGCUGUUAUCAGCAUGCCAUUCAGCUGUACCUAGACCAGAAGCAACCAAAACCAGCACUAGCAGCAUCACUGGCUGUAGAAUUAGGACAGGCCCUUCAGUCAUUAGGGCGGCCAUCUGAAGCAUUAAUUCAUUUACGUAUAGCUGCUGACCUCCACUCUGCCUCCCCAUUUCACCACCUGACAUGUCUUGGUUACAUUGCCUCUUGUAAAAUAGAGUUAGGAGACCUGCAUGGAGCCUUGAUGGUGUUUACUCAGAUGACAACCCUCAUCGAGCAAACUGCUGAACAACCACUCACUGGAGCAUAUAAGGACAUUUUGGCCAGGUGUGAAAUCUCAUCAUUGCUCAUCCUGUUGACACUACGGCCACUCCCCCAGCACACCAAGCAACCUCAUGCAAAGCUCUUAGAGAAAUACUCAUGGACCACACCAGAUCUACAAAGCCUUGAUGUGCCAUAUGAUGAUGCCGAGUUGGUGGUGUUGCUACAGUCAUUAGUGCUAACAUGUCAGAGUCGUGAUACACAAGCUCUUGCCACUCUCAGUCAGCACCUGACUCGGUUAUUAGGACCUGAACACCUUCACUUGCUCCACACACUUGUUACGGAAAUGAACAGAACGUAACUGAAAGUGAGACACCGAGCUCACUAUCAUCAUUGGAUCUAGAUGUUCCACAGAUAUCACAUACAAUCCCUUAUUGGUACAGGUAAUUACAAUUAAGGAGAGUUCUUUAUUAACCUUAAAUAUAUCUCUAGCUAUAUGGUAAUAGCAGGAUUUUUACUGAAUCAAUUGUUCAGUCUUUUUGAUUAAAUGGCUGUAGGAAACUUUUGUGAAUGGAGGUGAUUAUGUUUUUCAUCUAUUCAUAUGUGACUUUCCCCUUAUUUUGUAACCUAAGCAUUUGUCAAAUGUUAUUAAGCAUAAAUGAAAUGUAUUAUAUCUUAUACUAUAAACUGAACUGUAUAAAAAUUUGUACAUAGAUAUAAUUAUUUUUUCUUCAGACAGUAGUUCCUCUGGAUGUAACAACUUACUAAGUGGCAUAGGUUAGGUAUAUCCCAGACUUCAGAAGGUCAUGUUUAUUGACAAGAAGGCUGGUUACUUUUGCAAUAUAAGAUGAUGGUAGUGGACAAUGAGAAGUGCCUCAAACUUACAUCAGAUGAGUCACAUUGAACCUACCAAUAAAUUCAUCAUCUUCAACAUUCUACAUCAUAAAUCAAGAUGGAUGCUAAAACAAGUACAGAAAAGAAAUGCAGUAGGUUAUGAAGUGACAAGACUACCUUUGGAAAGGAUCAUGGUUUCCGUUGGCAAUACACAUUUUGACAGUCCAUAUAUUCUCAAAGGUGUGCUGCACAGAAGUGAGUCCAGGACUGUGCUGUAAAUGCUUGCAGAAUAAAACUUGGUGAAUUUGUAAUUCCUGGGAAGUGAUAGACUUGCUUAAAAUUCCAAAGACAGCCAAAAGGCAGAGAGACAUGCACUCAAGCAGGUUGGAAGGGAAUAGUUGGACUGUUAAGUGAAUAUUAGCAACAACAGGAAGCUGAAAUAUUUUGGACAUGCUGGUAGAAUGGAUGAAGGACGCUGCAUUAGAUGCUUAUGGUCUGUUCAAACACAUAGUGACAGUAACUACCAAUGUUGGAUGACAUUCCUUGUUUACUUUUAUAAGUUUUGUUGGGGGAUGAACCCAAAGUCAUUUGUAUUAUAAUGAAAUAAAUGUGAUACUAUAUAA